CCUAAUUUCUGCCCUUCUUUCUCUUUUCGUCUUCCGUCCUGUCCCGACUCAUCCUACCACACCCCGUGCCGCCUUCUUCGACCUCCGCUCUUUACUGAGUGCCGCCGGUUUGCCUGAGGGCUCAGCGCUGGAUCCUGGGGUCGUGGCGGCCGUCUCAGUCGCCGAGUCCCCCGUUCGCCGAGCCAGGCUGACGCGCGUCCAGCUCUCCGGAGCACAAGACGUCCCGAAGACCGGGAUCGACGGCCGACACGCCCCUCAGGACCCCGGACCGUGGAAGUCGUUCUGCACCUUCCCCUCUCUUCGUCCCUUCCCUUGCUCUCCACCUUCGAAUUUUUUUUGCAAUCUUUCGACGGAGGAACGGGACUCCAGGCAUUCCCUCUCCCGGAUGGUUUCCUUUGAGAAAUUCCUCAAUUCCAUCCCGCACCCGCUCAGGCUCAGCAUGGACCCGAUGGAAGAAGUUGGUAAUCAAGUCAACUCCACUGGCAACUCUACUUUUGACAUUGAUGUUCUGUGCCCGGUUAAUAUAGAUUUCACUGAAUGGUUCCUGCCUGCUUUCUACCUCGUUCUCUCUGUCUUGGGUCUUUUGGGGAAUACACUGGGCUUGUGGACCUUAUGCAGAAGUUCAUGGAAGAACAGUUGGAACGCCUUCAACGUGCUAUUGUGUAACUUAGCAAUUGCAGACUUGUUUUAUGUCAUUACACUGCCCUUCUUUGUGUCGUACUAUCACCUGGGACAUGUGUGGCUCUUUGGCCAAAGCUGGUGCAAGCUAACUCGACUUUUCUUCCAUGUCAACCUUUAUGCUAGCAUUGGCUUUCUGACCUGUAUCAGUGUCCAUCGUUACCUGCACAUUGUGCAUCCAAUGAAGAUGAUAGGAAGAUGUCAGACCCUUGGCUCGUCUGUCUUUCUGAGUGUUUUGGUCUGGCUCUGGGUCACGAUUCAACUUUCUCCUGAUUUAACUUUUAACAAAAUGGGUCUCAAGCCUCAGAAGUGCCAUGAUUCAACAGUACACAAAAACGUGGAGUCUUAUCUGUUAUACUUUCAAAUUUUAACAGUGACUGGCUUUGCUAUUCCUUUCUUCAUUGUCACUGGGUGCUAUUGUCAUGUGGUCCUUGUCCUCAGGAGGAACAAAAACAUGGACCCUAACCUCAAGCAGAAGGUAAUCAAACUGGUGAUUAUGGUAAUGACACUUUUCUAUGUGUGCUUCCUCCCAUAUCAUAUCUUUAGGAACCUUAACUUGUUGUCUCGAAGAUGGCAACGUCAGGGAUUUUGCAAUCAGACUUUAAAGAAUAUUUAUAUCUUCUACCAAGUGACUCGAGUCUUGGCUAGCCUGAAUAGUGUUCUGAACCCUUUGUUAUACCUGCUGGCCCGUGAGGACUUAGGGGUGCAGUUAAGGAACUUUGGUAGAAGCAUGAGACUGAGUCUGAAGACUUCUUUCCAGGGCAAAGUCCAACCCCAUUUGGAAUUAAGGCAAUCAAAUAUUAUGCUUGAUAAAGAAUGUGAAGAGAUACUAUCUAGUGAUCUCUGAAUGUUUGUUUUAAUUUAAAGGAACAUAUCAUACAUGUCUACUGUCUGAAGGCUCCUCCCUCUUUUCCUACAUUCCUAUCAUUUGAUGGAUACAGGUAUUCAUGUUUUUAAUAGUUUGAAAAUUGGAUUUGGAGCACAAUUUAGAAGCAUUAUGCAACCGUGCAGAAGAUGUGGAGUGAGAAUGAAUUUAAUACAAUGGAACAAAAGUUAUGAAAGAUAAACAACUAAAUUUAUGGGCCUGUGAUUUUAUUAUUUGCCUGAAUUAAUCUUUAACUCGGAUGCAUAACCCUGCCCUUAUUAUUUUAUUAUAUUUGUAUUUUCCAUGGGAGGUCCACUGAAGAGAUUGGAAUAUUUAAAAGUUGCUGGAUGGAAAACACCAUAUACAUUAUGUAUAAUAGUACUCCUUUUUCCCUCUGUACAUGUAUGGUGGCAAUGGGAGACCAUAUAAGACUCAAACCAGAAGAUUUAUUCAAUUGCCAUUAAUGUGUAGCUAUAGCUAUUGCUACCUAGCUGGCUAGUUAGCAUUUCCAAUGAAAUGUAAAAUGUCUAUUUUUCCUUAUUGGGAGCAUUGAAAUCUACAUUGGUUCAAGUUCUGCAAAACUUUUUAAAAACUGUUUUAGGCUGGGAGUGAUGAACUUUUGUAUCUGAUGGUUUGUAUUAAAUUGUAUAAAACAGCUUAUAUAAAAAAGCUAGAAAUGUAUGGAUAUAUUUUUGAAAGGCUACAUUAUGAUAUAUUACACAAAAUCACAAGGGGUAGGGCCUUCUCUGUGGGGGCUCCCACCCUCUGGAAUGAACUUCCCCCAGGACUUUGCCAACUUCCGGACCUUCGAACCUUUCGCCGCAAGCUGAAGACAUAUUUAUUCAUCAGCGCAGGACUGGCAUAGGAUUUUAGAUUUUAUCUGGUUUUAAUUUUAGUGGGUUUUAUUGUUUUAAAGAUAUUUUAAUUUGGGCCAAAUUGAAUAAGUUUUUUAAAUAUUAUUUUAUCUGUAUUUAUUUUGUUGUUCUGUUUUUAUCUGGCUGUAAACUUCCCAAGUCCUUCGGGAGAAGGGUGGUAUAAAAAUUUGAUUAAAUAAAUAAGCCAGUUGUUGGAGGGCCAUUAGUUGGACCAUUUAUUGAGAGCAAUAAAGGACUCUUUAGAAGCCUGCCUUGCCUUGACCACCUGGGUCAUAACAAAAACUAUUGCCAAAUAAAUAAUAGCAUAACACUUUUGCACCAUUGUCAGGAAAAUGACAUGUUGAUAUAUUAAAUUGAUUUUUUUUAAAUUGGCCAAGUGUGGUUGGACACACAAAGAAUUCGUCUUGGUGCAUAUGCUCUCAGUGUAAAGAUACGUUCAUCAAGAAUUCUAAGAUACAACACUUAAUGAUAGUCAUAGGGUACAAAUAAGCAAUCAGGAAACAAUCAAUACCAAUAUAAAUUGUAAGGAUAAAAGCAACAAAGUUACAGUCAUACAGUCAUAAGUGGAAGGAGAUGGGUGAUGAGAAUGAUGAGAAGAUUAAUAGUAGUGCAGAUUUAAUAAAUAGUUUGACAGUGUUGAGGGAAUUAUUUGUUUAGCAGAGUGAUGACAUUUGGGAAGAAACUGUUCUUGUGUCUAGUUGUUCUGGUGUGCAGUGCUCUGUGGCAUCGUCUGAAGUCUGUGUCUGUCUUGUUGUUGCAGAACCAAACCAGACAGUUAUAGAGGUGUAGAUGACAGACUGAAUAAUUCCUCUGUAGAACUGCAUCAGUAGCUCCUUGGGCAGUUUGAGCUUUCUGAGUUGGCACAGAAAGAACAUUCUUUGUUGUGUUUUUUUGAUGAUGUUUUUGAUGUUAGCUGUCCAUUUUAGAUCUUGAGAUAUGGUAGAAACUAGAAAUUUGAAGGUCUCUGCUGUUGAUACUGUGUUGUCUAGUAUUGUAAGAGGUGGAAGUAUGGAAGGGUUUCUCCUAAAGUCUACCACUAUUUCUACGUUUUUGAGUGUGUUCAGCUCCAGAUUGUUCCGGUCACACCACGAGGCUAAUUGUUCAACCUCCCGUCUGUAUGCGGAUUCAUCGUUGUUUCGAAUGUGACCGAUCACUGUUGUGUCAUCUGCGAACUUCAGUAGUUUUAACAGAUAGAUUGUUGGCCACUUCAGGUUGUGUGUCUUUUUUCAUGAUGUUUGGCAUCCACAGGUUCUACCAUACAUCCCAACCAGUGACAGAACCAAGUCUGAUCUUCAAGAAUUAGAGAUUAUGAUGCUUCACAGGUACCAUGACGGAACAAACUCUCUUGCUGGGUCCCACCAUAUGGCAAUCUUUAAUAGGGACUUGACAUGCUUAUGCUGGUUCUGAUAGGACAAGAAGAAAAAUAUGCAUAUAGUAUUUAUAUAUAGUAGAUAUAAUAUAUAUAUCUAUAUAUACUGUAUAAAUAAAAAUAUACAUAAAAUGUAGUAAAACAAUCAUUGUCAUCAUUUUAGU